GUAAAGCACGGGAAAAUAGUAAUUGCUUGUGAACUAGCCAUUUUCCAGCUUCGGAAAGACAUCUCAUAAACAGUUGGCGAAGUGUGCAGUAUGCAGGCUUGUUAACAUCUCCGACGCAUCGCAGGAGUCCACAUGGAAUGAGCUAAACUGGUGUGCCGUGUGCUUCAAGAUAUUACCAAGCCAGGUACUCUCUGUCCAGGAGUGGCGUCGAUUGGGGUUAUCUUAUAUGAUCAUUGUUGAACAGUGCAGCAUAUAGCAUCCGGCACAUCAAACCAUUGCAUCAAAAGAUCCAGUGUACGAUGGAGAACGGUGUUGAAAACGGUGUGAAAAGUGAUGAUGGACUGUCCAAUGUACUGUGCCCCGCUGAUGAUGGAAGCUACAUCAUCCAGUCGAAGACUUCACCGGAGCUGGACCACCAAAGGCAAUCAGUAACGGCGUUGGAUGCCGGUCCAAUAGAUGACCAGAUGGUUGAAACACCGACCAGAAACGCAACGAUAUUCCGACUGCAAAAAUGCUCCACGAAAAUAUUUGGCCUCUCUCCCGUUUCGGAACUAUCCGCUGCCCUGCACUGCACCGGAUUGGAUACACCCAGAUUGAGCCGAGCGGACAGGUCAGGACUCGCCAGCAAAAGAAAAGACAAAUUUCAACAACCUGAAGAAAACAAUACAGUAGCGCCGUCUGGAAAUGACGCCUCCCACCGGGCACUGCAGGAUAGCACGGUCCACCAUCAAAAUCUUGACAACGUCGGCGGUAACACCAAAGACGACGAAUCUAGUCGGUGGCAACAUCAGCAGCAACAACAGCAGCAGCAGGAAGAUGAAGCAACAUUGGAUAACAGCCGCUUCACGCUCAACUCGGCCAGCCAGUCACCGGCGAGCAGACGAGCCGAGCAGCGGCAACGCAGUAUCCAGCGGCGCCAGCACACCCAGCCGCAGCGCAUGGUGUACGAUGAUAGCAAGAUGCACGAGCUCGGCUCGCCCGGCAAGGAGAACCUGCUGCCCACCGAGGAGCUGUCCUUCUACCAGAGCCACAGCCCCCAGAGCCAGAGUCCGCGGGCGUGCAGUCCGUGUCUGCUCUGCCCGGACGAUGCGCUCGGCGUCAGCGAGCUGCUUCCUUCGGAGAACAACACCCCGCGCAAGCACAUCAUCAAGGCCGGCACGAUGGUGGCGGGGAACGUGGGCGCGGGGAGCACCGCCGCCGUCGGGAUGAAGAUGAGCAGCCUCGGUUACCGGCUUCGGCGGCCGCUUGACGAGCACGACCCCAACUCGAUGGACUCCGGGUACGGUGCGAGCGUGCUGAACGAUGCGCUUCUCAACUCGCUGAACAACUCCAGCUCCACGAUCACCAGUGCGGGCGGCAGCAGCUUGGCAUCGAAGCAGCACUCCCUGUUCCACUUCCACUCCUCGAGCUCGGCGUCCAUUUCGCGCCACAGUUCGGUCAGCUCGCCCACCGGCUCGCGGCGACUGCUGCACAGCAGCCUGUCGUCCGGCUCGAUGGAGUCGAUGGACGAUAUGGAGCUGUUCGACAUGGAAGCGAUCGAUGAGCAGGACCAGCACCACCACUCGGCGGGCUCGUUUCAGCAGGCCCCGGCCUACCAGGCGGAGCAUCAUCAAGCAUCCAUCCUGCCGAGCGGGCUAAACUCGCUGAUUUGCGGCACGAUCAAGACGACCCGCACGGCCACCACACCCGAGCAGAAACGUCCCUUCGUUCGCCGGUGCCUUAGUCUGAACGAGAGUGCCACCAGCCAGCUGACCGCAAGCCCGCUCGCACCAGCGAACGUUGCUGCCGGAGUGUUGCAGACGAAGACGCCGGAACGCUUCGGUCGCCGGGCGAUCGCAAUGGAGGAUCAGGAGAACCUCAACCUCACCCCCUACUCAUCGCGCGUGUCGGCGGAAGUGACGCGCUGCUUCAAGCGGCCCGAACCGCCCGGCGUCAGCCCCGUGCAGAGCAAGCGCUACAAGACGGCGCAAUUUGACGCGAUGGCCUUAGCGACGGCAGCGGCGAUUUCGUCGACCGUGCCGUCUCCGCCCGCCCCGAACGCCCUGGACAGUCCGGCCCGCACGACGGUGCUGGCAGCCGUGCCGAAGAAGCCCAUCUACCAGAAGUCGAUUUCGAUGAACGAUGCGCAAAUCAUGAGCGCCCUGGCCCGGUCCGAGCCGAACCUAAUCGGUGACUUUAGCAAAUCGUACGUCCUGCCACUGAUGGAUGGGCAGCAUCGUGACCUGAAGUCAAUCUCCGGCGACACGAUGGCGCGACUGCUGCGGGGUGCAUUCGAUGACAAGGUCGAAAGCUUCAAGAUUAUCGACUGCCGGUACCCGUACGAGUUCGAGGGUGGCCACAUACGAGGCGCGAAGAAUCUCUACACCCAGGAGCAGAUCAUCGAGGAGCUGAUCAACUCGAAGAACGAACCACCGCAGGUGGCCGAUGGUCCAGAUGGUGGCUCCGUGCGUCGUCAUAUCGUCGUGUUUCACUGCGAGUUUUCGUCCGAGCGUGGUCCCAAAUUGUCACGCUUCUUGCGCAAUCACGAUCGUACCCUGAACGCGGACAGCUAUCCAGCACUGCACUAUCCCGAAAUGUACCUGCUACACGGUGGCUACAAGGAAUUCUUCCGAGAGCACGCGGAUCUCUGCGAUCCGAUCGCGUACCGACCGAUGCUGGACCCCGAGUUUGGCAACCAGUACCGCCAGUUCCGGGCGAAGUCGCGUAGCUGGAAUGGGGACGGUACGGGAACGGUGAAAUCUACCGCUGCUCCUUCGUCCUCUUCACUCGCCGGCGGCAGUCGGCUUACCAAGUCCCGGUCAAGGCUGAUGCUUUAAUGCACUGCCCCGAAGGUGACGCAAAGUUGUUCCACUGCCACCUCCCCCAUCCAACCAUCCGGACUGGAAACAAUCUGUACCACAUGCUGUCACUUUAAUUUUUAUUCUUUUCAUUCUCUAUCCGCGCACACCUCCGCAUGUAAAUACGUUAUGAUUUUUAUUUGUUAUCAUAUUUUUAAACGCAUAUAUAUAUUAUAUUUCUGUUUUUUUUUCUCAAACUCAUAGCAAUGGCCGCUCGAGUGGUGCCCCAACAUUAGACAAUUUUAUUUGCUAAAUAGCUUUUCCCUUCAUUUUCGGACAAUUUACGAAACGUUUGAACAAUUUUCAAAAAUUUGCAACAAUUUUUACUCACCGUUUUCACCAAGUGUAUCGAACGGCCAAAGCCGCUUUCCGGCUCCAUUCACUAGGAGCACUUCCCUUUCUUUUGCGUUGCGUUGCUUCUUUAGUUUUUGUUUCAUUGUUAUUCAUUAUUUUGUAUCUGUGAUUUAGAAUUUCUUUAUAUUUUCGCGGAUUUCUUUUCAAAAAUACACAAACAAAACGUAGCCUCGAUUGCACAACGUUAGUAACAUCUACUGUUGGUCGACAGAGUAGGUACCUGUACCGUGGCAAGCAUGACUCGUUUGACCUAAGAUAGGCGGCAGUGCUGAUCAUCAUUGGCGUCACACAAGACAAACGGUUAGAUCAAACACUAGAAGCUUCCUAGUUUGUGUUUUCCUUUCUUCAGCAUUAGCACGUGAUGAAACCACGAUGCUGAAAGUGCCCUACGUGAACAUUGCUAUUUUACUGGUUUAUUGAAUAUAUUUGUAAAUUGAAUUGCAAUAGGAAACUAGUUUGACGGAGUGACGGGCGUUGUUGAGAGAACGAAUGCGUAAAUGAAGCGACAAGUGCAAAUUAGGUAGCGUGUUAAAGUCAUACAACUGUUAGUGAUAGGACGAAGGUGCAUGGAUCUAGAUAACUUCGCCUCCACCAUUCUGGGCGCGUUAGCUGCAUGGGGAUGACUGUUUUAAUAGAAAAAUUUCGCACUGUCCUAGACAGGUGCACACGCUCUGGCAUAUCCUAUACGCCGCCGUCGGCAUGGGGUAUACCCGUGAAAAUACUUCCUGAGCUAUGCAACGAAACCAUCCCAAGAUCCUCUUAUACAAGCGAAAUACGAAAAGCAUUGCAGACGAAAGGAUUUCGUUUGUAUUUCAUAAUUGAACAUGAGACUGUUAAACAUUGGCGUAAACAAAUUCUACAAACAUGCGCUAGCGAUAUGUCUUCGCAUUGCUGAUUCGUUCCAGGAAGAGUGCAAAUGUUUAGAUGAUAGACCUUCUUACCAAAUUUUAGAGAAGUGAGAAUACAAUAGCUUAAGCAUAAGCGGUGCGAAGAUGAGAUUGAGGUAGAAAAAAAUGUGCAAGAAACAACGAUAGCAAGAUACCCUUAUUAGAAUGUAAGGUAAAAGUAAGCAACAAAUAUAUAUAUAAAAAUCAUGAAAUAACAAACGAAACCUAUCAGGA